GCCGCAUGCGCCGCGACGCCCGAGCAGCCACUGCCAACCGACGAUCGGUUUAGACCUCCAUUUUGCGCGGGCUGCAGCGCUCGCACCCAUCCCAUCAGCCAUUCGGGUGAUCCCGCAUAGGUUGGCAGAGCACUCUCCCAGAGGUGGGUGGGGGCGCGUGCCACAGCAUGUUCUCCCUGACCGACCUCUGCCUGAAUCGGAUAACGGAGGACCCGGCGCGGUGCCUGCGACAUGGUGAGGAGACGCACCCCGCUUUACUGCGAUCAAGUAAAGACGCGUUCCUGCGGUGCGAGGCGCAGACCGUACAUAGGGACCGCUGGGCCGCCGUCGAGCAAUCUACGAGCGACGCGAGAAGAAGGCCGCGGCCGGAGGCGCGGCCCCAAUUGCUAGCUACAUUGGCUGCGCGCGGCGCUUUAGUGGAUGGCGUGCUGCCGCCGAAGUUCUUCGAGUCUCUACGCGUGGACACGUUGUCGCUCGCGGCGUGUCGCGCAAGGGCGCCGUUUCUGAUGUUGGCGCAGGCGCAAGCAAAGACGUCCGAAACUUUAUCUUGUUUAGAUUUAGGAUCGUGCCUCCAGUUGGACGAUGCUGCGCUAGCUAUCAUAGUGGACGCGUGCGCAGCAACCCUAAGAAGGUUGAAUCUGAGAGACUGCCGCAAGCUCACGGAUAGCGCAUUUACCUCGUUACAAGCAGCGCGCGUGCUGGAGGACGUCGACGUGGGCGGCAAUUUCAACAUGAGCAUAAAAGGAGCGUCAACUUAUGUCUCAUCCACCGCGAAGCGCAAGUCGACGGACGAUCAAAGAUGUCUAUCCGGGAUCGCCGUGGGCGGGCUCGGGUGUGAUGACGCGUUUCUCACAGUACUCGCAAAAAAAGUACCGUCACUAAGAGUUUUUGGGGGCAGCUACGGCCACUUUUCCUCGUCUGGCUUCGUGGCCGCGUGUGCGUCUCUCCAACAUCUGUCGGACGUGCGCGUGCAGUGGACGGAAUUCUUCGACGACGCUUGCUUAGAUGCUUUGUGUCAAGUCGGUCCGAUCCGAUGCUUGGACUGUCUGGGGACGGCGGUGACCGUCGACGGUCUUUCACGGUUCCUGUCGUUGAAGGUGCACGACGACGCCUUGGGGCCCCAACCAGCUAGGCUGCUCGAGUGGGUCAACGCGCGGUAUACCGCGGGGCCGCGGGAGCGGUUGGAGAAGCUGCCCAGGGUGUGGCAGUUCGCGGCGGUGGAGGUCGUGGUCUAAGUCUAUAUGCUUGUA